AUGAAGAGCCUAGUCGUCCAAGUCCUCACCGGACGGUGGUUCAUGGUGUUCGCCUCCUUCCUCAUCAUGUCCGCCGCCGGCGCCACCUACAUGUUCGGCCUCUACUCCACCGACAUAAAAGACUCCCUCGGCUACGACCAAUCCACCCUCAACUUGCUCAGCUUCUUCAAGGACCUAGGAGCCAACGUCGGCGUACUCUCCGGCCUCAUCAACGAGGUUACGCCGCCGUGGGUGGUGCUCUCAAUGGGUGCAGUACUUAACUUCUUCGGCUACUUCAUGAUCUGGCUAGCUGUAACCAAAAAAAUUUCAACACCCCAAGUUUGGCAGAUGUGUUUGUACAUGUGUAUCGGGGCAAACUCUCAGGCUUUCGUUAACACCGGAGCUCUGGUCACCUGCGUCAAGAACUUCCCGGAGAGCCGAGGCGUCGUGUUGGGUCUUCUCCAAGGUUUUGUGGGUCUAAGUGGUGCGAUCAGAACCCAACUAUUUCAUGCAGUUUAUGAUAAUGACACAAAAUCUCUCAUUCUGAUGAUCGGAUGGAUGCCGGCGGCGAUCUGGUUUCGUUUUUCACAGAGUGAGUAUGGUGGUAGUGCAGCCACAGUUCUGAUCUUGCUCUUUUUGCCUCUAGCUGUUGUUAUAAGAGAAGAGUAUUAUCUAUGGAAGACGAAGAAAGAAGCCAUGGAUAAUCUUUCCCAGCUGGAGAUCACAACAGAGUUGCCGAACACCGAGACUACGUUGCCUCCGCCACCAGCACCGUCAUCUUCGUCCACCGCCGCUACUGAACUAUCCAGUUCACAAAAGGAANUUUUUUUUUUUUUAUCAGAAGCUUUUACCUGUGAUUGA